GGGAUCUCCUGAAGCUGGCACAUCCCACGGCUUUGAGGCCCUUGCAGGAGGACUCUCAGAGCUGCUGCAGUGCAGGGAUGUGGCCCUAGGGCAGGGCUGGGUCUCCCUGCUGCCCCACCCGAGGCACAGCACAGGGCAGCUCCCUGCUGCCAGGCUCUGCUGCAGGGCUGAGCAGCCAGGGCUGCAGCCAGGGGUGCCCAGGGCUGUCCUGCAGAGCAGGGUCCUGCAGCCCAGGGCACUGUGCUGGGCCAGGGACUCUGCUGCCUGCCAGGGACAGCUCUCAGCCCAGGGAGCUGCUGCCUGCGCUGGGGAGAAGCUGUGGGGGGAAGGAGCUGCCCUGAGCAGGGCAGUGCUGCUGCUGAGAUGUGCUAGUGGGGCAGGGCUGCUCCCAGCUCCAGAUCAGCCUGGAGACAGCUCUGGAGGACACUUCCCAAAAGAAGGUGCCCGUGCCCAGCCACAGCAAAUGUCCAACAGCAGCUCCAUCAGCCACUUCCUCCUGCUGCCAUUGGCAGACACGCGGCAGCUGCAGCUCCUGCACUUCUGCCUCUUCCUGGCCAUCUCCCUGGCUGCCCUCCUGGCCAACGGCCUCAUCAUCAGCGCCGUAGCCUGCGGCCACCUCCUGCACAGCCCCAUGUUCUUCUUCCUGCUCAACCUGGCCCUCAGCGACCUGGGCUCCAUCUGCACCACUGUCCCCAAAGCCAUGCACAAUUCCCUCUGGGACACCAGGAACAUCUCCUACUCUGGAUGUGCUGCACAGCUCUUUUUCUUUCUGUUCUUCAUCUCAGCCGAGUAUUUCCUCCUGACCAUCAUGUGCUACGACCGCUACGUGUCCAUCUGCAAACCCCUGCACUACGGGACCCUCCUGGGCAGCAGAGCUUGUGCCCACAUGGCAGCUGCUGCCUGGGCCAGUGCCUUUCUCAAUGCUCUCAUGCACACGGCCAAUACAUUUUCCCUGCCCCUGUGCCAUGGCAAUGCCCUAGGCCAGUUCUUCUGUGAAAUCCCACACAUCCUCAAACUCUCCUGCUCCAAAUCCUAUCUCAGGGAACUUGGGCUUCUUGCUGUUACUUCCUUUUUAGGCCUCAGUUGUUUUGUGUUCAUAGUUUUCUCCUAUGUGCAGAUCUUCAGAGUUGUGCUGAGGAUUCCCUCUGAGCAGGGACGGCACAAAGCCUUUUCCACCUGCCUCCCUCACCUGGCCGUGGUCUCUCUGUUCCUCAGCACUAUAAUAAUUUCUCACCUGAAGCCCACCUCCAUCUCUUCCCCAUUCCUGGAUCUGGUAGUGUCAGUUCUGUACUCGGUGGUGACUCCAGCCCUGAACCCCCUCAUCUACAGCCUGAGGAACCAGGAGCUCAAGGCUGCAGUGUGGAGACUGAUGACUGCAUGGUUUAAGGAAUAUUAA